GGGGCAGAAGCAGAGGGAGUGUAGCUGUGGCCGCCGAUCGCGCCCGUCGUGGGGGGGGUGUGAGCUGCGCUGCCCUCCCCCCCUUCCCUCCCCCCCUUUUUUUCCGACCCUUCCCCCUCCCUUUUUUUUUUUUCCUUUUUUUUUUCUUUUUUUUUUAUUUUACCUCUCCCCUCCCAUUCUCGCCGAGGAAGCCAGCGCUCGGAGAUGGGGGUCGGGUGCUGAGCCGCCCCCCCCGCCCUCACACCCCCGCCGGGACUAUUUGCACUACCCCCGCACCCGUGGGAACAAGAGCACUCAAGGUGAAGGAUAAUAAUCAACUCGAAUCAGCACUUUGAAUGAAUUUUUGUUUCCCUGUGGUAUCUUGAACACUUUCUUCAUUGGGUUUUGAAACAGACUUAUAACUCUGUGGCACAGCAGCUAUGCAGCUUGAAAUCCAAGUAGCACUCAAUUUUAUUAUUUCAUAUUUGUACAAUAAGCUUCCUAGACGACGUGUCAACAUUUUUGGUGAAGAGCUUGAAAGACUUCUGAAAAAGAAGUAUGAAGGGCACUGGUAUCCAGAAAAGCCAUACAAAGGAUCAGGGUUUAGAUGUAUUCAUAUAGGGGAGAAAGUGGACCCAGUCAUAGAACAAGCAUCCAAAGAGAGUGGUUUGGACAUUGAUGACGUUCGUGGCAACUUGCCUCAGGAUCUUAGUGUUUGGAUUGACCCAUUUGAGGUUUCAUACCAAAUCGGUGAAAAGGGACCAGUGAAAGUGCUUUAUGUGGAUGAUAAUGAAAAUGGAUGUGAGUUGGAUAAGGAAAUCAAGAACAGCUUUAACCCCGAGGCCCAGGUCUUCAUGCCUAUUAAUGACCCAGCAUCUUCAGUGUCUAGUUCUCCUUCUCCUCCCUUUGGUCAUUCAGCUGCUGUGAGCCCAACCUUCAUGCCCCGCUCCACUCAGCCUUUAACCUUCACCACUGCCACAUUUGCUGCCACCAAGUUUGGCUCAACCAAAAUGAAGAAUAGCGGCCGUGGCAACAAGGUCGCCCGUACCUCUCCCACCAACCUUGGCUUGAAUGUCAAUGACCUGUUGAAGCAGAAAUCCCUCUCCUCCUCCAUGCACUCUCUCUAUGGGCUCAGCCUAGGCAGUCAGCAACAGCAGCAGCAGAAGACUUCUGCCCUGUCUCCUAAUGCAAAGGAGUUCAUUUUCCCCAACACGCAGGGUCAAGGUAGUACCAGUAGCAUCUUUCCUGGUGACAGCUCCCUUAACCUCAGUCCUCUCCAGUACAGUAAUGCCUUUGAUAUGUUUGCAGCCUAUGGAGGUCUAAAUGAGAAGUCUUUUGUGGAUGGCUUGAAUUUUAGUUUAAAUAACAUGCAGUAUUCUAACCAGCAAUUCCAGCCAGUAAUGGCUAACUGAAAAUAAACCGAAAGUGAAAUUCAAGUAAAUACUAUUGUACAAGUUAAAAUGCACGUACCCAAGGGUGUAUCUUUUUUUCCACCUCUUGAGAUUUUUUUUUAAGGCUUGUAGUAUGAAUACGUUCAGGCUUGGUUAGAUAAAUACAACAUGCAUCAUUUUUUCAUUUGCCAACCAAGCACAAAAUUAUUUUAUACUGACUGUGCAUUACAAAAAUAUACUCUCAAAAAUAUGGCCUCUUACAGUAUUUAAGAUAUAGCAAGGAAGUGGCUAAUUUUUUCAUGUGUCUAUAUAUAUAUGUGCUCAGACAUAUAUGUAUAUAUAUAAAAAAAUUGGCACUAAUAGGUGGGUUUAUUGGUCUUUUUCUAAUUGUAUAAUUUAAUUUAGUACAAAGUUUGUAAAAUAUCAGAGUAUAUAUAUUGUUUCUACAACAUGGUAUUGCAUUUAUAUCUUUUUACUACAGUGAUCUGUGACAGCUCCAGCAGCUUCAUGUUGUAUUUUUUUUACUGAAAUUGUAAGAUAUCCAUCUUAAAGACAUCAAUUCUAAAAAAAAAGUAAAAAAGUUGUGUACAGAAUAUUCCUUAGUGGUGGAAUUAAAAUGUACGAAAUAUUUGCUUUUUUCAAAAGAAACACAAAUUGUAUUUUCUGUUAAAAGUUUAAAGAUUUUUGCUAUAUAUUAUGGAAGAAAAUGUAAUCGUAAAUAUUAAUUUUGUACCUACAUUGUGCAAUACUUGAAAAAAGGUAUAAAAGUAUUUUGAGUCAGUGUCUUAUAUGUUAAGAGGGACUGAAAUAGUUUAUAUUAAGUUUGUAUUAAAAUUCUUUAAAAUUA